AUGGCGAGUAAGGGAGCGUGGGAUCCUCGACAAUCUCCUAGCUCCAGUCCCUUGAAUGAUAAAGCUUUUAAUGGAAAAGAUACCACCCCACUAGAGACGAUCCAACUGGCCAAGUCCGAGACGGAGAGCUGGCGCAUUGCUCAAAUAAUUGAGAAGCCCGAUGAGGAAGACGAUGGAGGUGGCCGGCGCGAACCUCCUCCUACUACACCAAGAACCGGCCUGGUAUGCUUCACAGACGCCUCCUGGCACAAAGACGAUACUCGUUUCGGUGGAGGAAUGGUCCUGGCGACCGAGGAUGGGAUGACGACUUAUGGUUCAUUCGCUAGUAACCAAGUCCUAACCCCCCUACAUGCGGAGUUCCAAACUCUGUUGUGGACCAUGCAAUCCUCUAUUCAGCUAGACCAUAGCUCUGUGACCUUCGAGACUGACUGCCUAUAG